UCCAACCCUGUGCUCGGCAGCCAGUCAGGAGCUCUGCAUCACGGCACUGCUUUCAGAGUGGGCUUUUCCUUCUUCCCAAGCUCUACAAAAUGGGUCUCAGCUCUUCCAAGACGCACCCCAGGGUGACCCAGGUGGCACCGAUGCUCAGCAGUGAGGAGGUGCUGGGGGACCCCAGCCUGCACCCAACAGCCACAACGGAGCACGGACAUCCCAUAACCCACGGGCAGCUCCCACCCCUCCGCCAGACCGGGUAUGGGAGAGCCUCUACAGGGCCCUUUGACUUCAGCACUGUGCUGGUUGGAGAGAAUGGAGCCAGCAGCAUCAUCAAGCUGCACCCACCUCGGCAACCGCAGAGGCUUGAACCUGCUGGCACUCCAAGGGGGAUCACUGCUGCAAAGCCCUGGAGGCAGCAAGGGAUGGAUGGAGCCCCAAAAGCCAAGACUCUGGAGAAGAGGGGGCAGAGUCUGAGAGCCCUCCCUUGCAGACGGCAGCACUUGCACAAGAUGCAGAUGCUGGACUUGACGCGCCGGCGCCGAGAGGUGGAGCUGAAGCGGGAUCUCCACAGGGAGGCAAAAAUCAAUAAACAAAAAAUGGAGGAAUUGGGUUCGGAGAUGGUCCUUGACACACUUCAGAGAGGCGACAGCACCAGGAGCCAAGACCUCAUCCCUGCUGAGUGCAGUCUGCAUUUUGAUAGUAACACUGGAAACAGAGGGGAUGGAGGAUUUGCAGGGCACCAUGCCAGAGCUGGGCUUCCCCUGGGCAGCAGCAGCAGCAGCAGCAGCAAGGUUGGGCUGUGGUUCUGCAAGGAGCCACGCAGCAGGGAUCUGCUCUGGGACACUUCCAGCACUGACUCUGAGGAGUGGGAGAGGGAAGACAAGAAGCUUUACCGCAGACCUCCGCUGGUGAGAACCAGGACAGAGAGAGUUUCACUCUUCGAUAACUUCUUUGAUAAAGAGUUCUAGCAGCUAGGCUUGGGAUGUGCUGAAGGAACAAGCUGUGAUCUCUGCUCCGAAUAGACCAUGACAUAGA